AUGGCAACGAGGUGUUUUUUUGACAUCAGCGCCGGCGGUCGGCCCCUUGGUCGUGUUACUUUCGAGCUUUACUCCGAUGUGCCAAGAACGGCUGAGAAUUUCCGGGCCCUCUGCACGGGCGAGAAGGGCUUCGGAUACAAAAACUCUAUAUUCCAUCGUAUAAUUCCUGGAUUCAUGUGCCAGGGCGGUCAGAAUAUAAUCAAAACGAUGGAGAGUUUGGGAUCGCAGUCUGGUAAGACAUCUCAGCGUGUCGAAAUAUCUGACUGCGGACAGCUUUAA